AUGUCUCAGCCACAUAGGAAAGCUGUACUUAAUUUGUAUAAAACGCUAUUAUUUUUGGGAAGAGAUUGGCCACAAGGUUAUGAUCUAUUUAGAAAACGUUUAUACAAAGUGUUUACCAGGAACAGUGAGGAAACUGAUCCAACUAAGAUUCAGUCAAUGAUAAAACAUGGUCAGUUUGUUGUUAAAGAAAUUGAAGCACUUUAUAAAUUGAAAAAAUACAGAGCUAUGAAACGAAGAUAUUAUGAUGAUAAUAAU